UACUCCCCUAUUCAUUCAUCACCACCACCUUAUCAUCAUCACCACCACUAACCACAGCUCCACUGCCUCUGCCUCUGAACCAAGAACACACUGCCCUCCUCCACACGACAUGGCUUCUCAAGAAGAGAAGACGAGUGUCAAGCCGGAGGAGCCAGCGUCGUCGGUGGCGGAGGAGCAGCCGCCUCAAGCUGCAGCUCCGCCGCCGCGCAGGGCUGUGCCGCCGCCGCCGGCCAAUCCCUUCGACUUCUCAACCAUGAUGAACUUGCUCAAUCAGGAUCCAAGCAUCAAGGAGAUGGCGGAGCAGAUCGCCAAGGACCCGGCGUUCACGGAGAUGGCGGAGCAGCUGCAGAAGACGGUGCAGUCGCCGCGGGGGGCGGCGAGUCCGGAGGCCGCGGCGGCGGUGCCGGCGCUGGACCCGACCAAGUACGUGUCGACCAUGCAGCAGCUGAUGCAGAACCCGCAGUUCGUGGCCAUGGCGGAGCGGCUCGGCAGCGCGCUGAUGCAGGACCCGGCCAUGUCCACCAUGCUCGGCGGCCUCACCAACCCGGCGCACAAGGAGCAGCUCGAGGCCCGCAUCGCCCGGAUGAAGGAGGACCCCUCCCUCAAGCCCAUCCUCGACGAGAUCGAGAGCGGCGGCCCCGCCGCCAUGAUGAAGUACUGGAACGACCCUGAAGCGCUGCAGAAGUUCGGGCGGGCGAUGGGCGUCGGCCCGUCGAGCGAGGCAGCCGCCGCCGCCGGCGAGCACGAGGAGGCGGAGGAAGACGCCGGCGAGGAGGGCGAGUACGAGGACGAGUCCAUCAUCCACCACACUGCCAGCGUCGGCGACGUCGAGGGCCUGAAGAAAGCAUUGGAGGAAGGCGUGGACAAGGACGAGGAGGACUCGGAGGGGAGGAGAGGCCUCCAUUUCGCCUGCGGCUACGGCGAGCUGCAAUGCGCGCAGGUUCUCCUGGAGGCCGGCGCGGCGGUGGACGCGGUGGACAAGAACAAGAACACGGCGCUGCACUACGCCGCCGGCUACGGCCGCAAGGACUGCGUCGCCCUCCUGCUCGACCACGGCGCCGCCGUGACGGUGCAGAACCUGGACGGGAAGACGGCCAUCGACGUGGCGAAGCUCAACAACCAGGAGGACGUCCUCAAGCUGCUCGAGAAGCACGCCUUCGUAUAGACACAGCAGACACAAAACAAUCAGAGUUCAGAGACAUGCUUCUCUUCUUCUUCUUCUUCCCGGUUGAGUUCGCCUGCGCUUUCUCUUCCUCCAAAAACAUGUCUUUUGAUCGACGCUUCUGUUCAUCCGCAAUUCACUCUGUAUCUGUAAUUCUGUAUGUAUCGAAGAGUCCGCGCUAGAUUAUCGUUUUUGUUUCACUUUCAGGGAAAUGUGAGAUUGGAUUGCUAUUCUAUUCAUCCUUACAGAGUUUUGUUUUAAUUAAUGAAUAAGGAAGAAAAAGAAAAUAUUUUGUUUCA